AUGACGGGGUCUUUCAUUUGGAGGUUCCACCGAGAUCUAUUGGACUCCCACCCAAGAAAGACUCCAACCGAUCCCCACCAGGAGGUCAAGGAGCGAAUCUUCAGUCAAGGACCCCAGGGCCAUCCGGACCAAGUCCCUUACAUAGCAGUCUGGGAAAGUCUAAUUGAUGACCCCCCUCCCUGGGUCUCUCCUUUCGCUCAUCCAAAGCCUAAGCCCCUUCCAGACUCUAUCCCUUCCCCAAUACCUUCCGCUCCCCCUGUUCCCCUAUGUCCUGCCAAUCCUCCCAAACCCCCUAUUUCUUCCAACUUAUAUCCUGUAAUAGGUGAUUCUGCCUCUUCCCGGCGUCCUAAGCCAAAGAGGAUUCUUCCUCCUCAUGACUCCCCCUUAAUAGACCUCUUAACCGAGGACCCCCCCCCCCACCAGUCUCCCCCUCCACCAGCGCAAACACCGAAUUCCUCAGAAUCUGAGGAAGAACCGGAUAACCUGCCUGAGGAACGCCGCCCCUCACCAUCCCCAAUGGCGGAAAGACUUAGGAGUCGCAAGGAACCAGCACAGGAGGGGUCGUCCAAGCUUCUUCCCCUGCGCCAAGGUGGGGGGCCAGGCAAUCAACUUCAAUACUGGCCCUUCUCAGCCUCAGACUUAUAUAACUGGAAGUCCCAUAACCCUUCCUUCUCACAGGACCCCAUAGCUUUGACCGCUUUAAUCGAGUCCAUUCUAAUCACGCAUCAACCCACUUGGGAUGAUUGCCAGCAGCUCUUGCAGACUCUUCUCACUACAGAGGAGAGACAAAAAGUUUUUCUGGAAGCCGGAAAAAAUGUUCUGGGAGACGAUGGAAGACCUACCCAACUCCCGAACGUGAUUGAUGCCGCCUUUCCCUUGACCCGUCCUGACUGGGAUUUCAACGCAGCUGAAGGUAGGACCCACCGAAAUCUUUAUCGCCAGUUACUCAUAGCAGGCCUCCAUAAUGCGGGGCGCCACCCUACCAAUUUGGCUCAGGUAAGACAGGUCACUCAGGGCUCAGAAGAAUCUCCAACCGCUUUCCUAGAAAGACUUAAGGAGGCUUAUCGUAGAUAUACUCCCUUCGAUCCUCACAGUCAUGAACAGAGAGAAAAUGUGUCCAUGGCAUUCAUUUGGCAGUCAGCGCCAGACAUUAGAAAUAAGUUACAGCGACUGGAGAAUUUACAAGAUUUCUCGUUGCAAGAUUUGUUAAAGGAGGCAGAAAAAAUUUAUAAUAAGAGAGAAACUCAGGAAGAAAAAGAAGAACUACUUUCUAAGUAA